GGUGGGUCUUUCAUCUUUUCGAUCCGUCCAUCAUCCAGUUUCCCCAGUUUCCCGCGACUUGGUCCUGUUUGGUCCACUUCUGAUCUCCACAGCCUCACAAUCAAUAAUGACAUCCUGUUGACAGACGCAUUAUCAUGGACACAGCCACCGGUUGUUCUGUUUCAGAGCCAACCGGUGACACUGUGGACGAGUUGAGGCAAAGAUUGAACAAUAUGAAGAGGUUGAUGGCCGAGAGGCAGAGAGCUGGGGAUAUUGACGAAGGGAGGAGGUCGAACGCUGUGGGAAUCAUUGACGGGAGUUUUUUAAGCGUGGUUUUCGGAGUAGCAUUACUAGUUAUAAUAACUGUUAGUGUAUAUGCUUUUUAUAAUUUGUACCACGCGAUUCUGAAGAAAUUUCCCUCACAUCACGAAGAACUGUGAAAUGUUUGCAAUAAUUCCAAUUUUGUAUAUUUGUACUGAUUUUUUGUAAUUAUAUAAGUUAUGGACUUGAACAAAACAACUAUGUGGACAGUCUGAAUUUUUAUAAAUAAGUUCCUUACAAAACAAUAGUGAAGGCACAAUUUUGUUAAUGCGAUGGUGUCGCUAAAUAUACAGUGUGCACCUAAUAGGUAAUUAAAGACCUGGUAGUUCA